GCCCUGGGGACAGGAAUGGUGGCAGUGGCCGUGCCUGCUGCUGCUGGCAGUGGCCCUGGGGACAGGGAUGGUGGCCCUGGCCGCUGCUGCCGGCGGUGGCCCCAGGGCCGGGCCCGGUGGCCGUGGCGCGUCCCCGCUGUGAUCCCGGCUGUCCCGCAGGACUCGCAGCGGCCCGGCGCGCACCUGACGGUGAAGAAGAUCUUCGUGGGCGGCAUCAAGGAGGACACGGAGGAGCAUCACCUGCGCGACUACUUCGGCCAGUACGGCAAGAUUGAGGUCAUCGAGAUCAUGACCGACCGCGGCAGCGGCAAGAAGCGCGGCUUCGCCUUCGUCACCUUCGACGACCACGACUCCGUGGACAAAAUCGUCAUCCAGAAGUACCACACGGUGAACGGGCACAACUGCGAGGUGCGCAAGGCCCUGUCCAAGCAGGAGAUGGCCAGCGCCUCGGCCGGCCAGCGAGGCUGUGCCCCCCCCCCGCCCCCUCUGCUAGGCCGCAGCGGUUCCGGAAACUUCGGCGGCGGCCGCGGCGGCGGCUUCGGCGGCGGUGACAACUUCAACCGCGGCGGCAACUUCGGGGGACGUGGUGGGUUUGGCGGCGGCGGCCGCGCCGGCGCCUGCGGCGGCGAGGGAUUUAAUGGAUUUGGCGCUGACGGUUAUGGCGGCGGCGGCGGCCCCGGCUACUCCGGGGGCAACCGGGGCUACGGCGGCAGCGGCUCCUACGACGGCUACAACAACGGCGGUGGUGGCUUCGGCGGCGGCAGCGGGGGCCGGCGGCCGGCGCGGGGACCGGCGCUGGCCGUGCGCAACGGGCUGGCCGAGGCGGGCACAGGCAGCAAUUUCGGGGGCGGGGGCAGCUACAACGACUUCGGCAGCUACAACAACCAGGCCUCGAGCUUCGGGCCCAUGAAGGGCGGCAGCUUCGGGGGGCGCAGCUCGGGGCCCUACGGUGGCGGCGGCUACGGCAGCUCCAGCGGCGGCGGCAGCUACGGAGGAGGGAGGAGGUUUUAACGGCCAGGAGCCGGAGCCGGGCGGGAGCCGGGGCGGUGCCUGGAGCCGGCGCUGGGCCGGGCAGAGCCCCCGGGACCCCCGGGACCCCCGAGGUGGCCGUGUCCGGGUCCCCCCAUGGUUCCCGAGCGGAGCGGCCGGAAUUCCCCCCCGUGUCCUGUACCCCCCACCCUGUCAAUAAAUGUCUCUUGGGUUUUUUUUUAAAUUAUUUUUUAUUAUUAUUGUUAAUUUUAGAGGUGGGGGGGUGGGGUGGUGGUGCUGCACUCACCUGAUUGGUCGCCUCAGCUGUCAGUCACAGCCUGGCUCCGCCCCCCCACGCCUCUGUUGUCCCCCGGGUGUGCCACCCCCCUGUCACUAAUUGCCACCUUCCCUUUUGUAGGAGCCGCCGGCCCCGGGAGAGGAGCCCGCGGAGGUGAGCGUGGGGACACCUGGGGACACCUGGGGACAGCCCCGGCCGGGUGACCCCCCCCAGCCCUGCCCCAGCGCCCGCGGGACCCCCCGGUGCCCUCAAUAAAAGGGUAUUUUUGUA